UGGCAAUUGUUUGACCAGUAUUCAAGUAACCGGGUAACUGACCACAAGUCCUCGCGACAACGGACCUCAAGUUCUAUCCAAGCAGUGAAAUUGGAAAAGACUUUUAUCCACAACCAUUUAAAAUCGAUCGAAUAUACAAUUGAACGGUUUUCCAAAGGAUUCUCGUCAACGUCGUCCUCGUCGCCAUUGUCCCUAUCGCUUGUCCUGGCUCGUCCACCCAUCGUCGUCGGUCGUUUGCUUCAAAGUGGAAUAAUGUAGACUGUGUUGCUCUUAGUUUCGUUGGCAUAGAUAUUUGGUGUGAAAAACACAAAGUGAAAACGAAAACAGGAUAUUUUAUAUUUUUCUUUUAGCAAAAAUAUAGAAAACAUAUAAAUCAACAAAGAGAUUUCAACAAAAAGGAUAACACUAUGGAUAUACCCAAUACAGGAGCCAUAUUCACUCUGGGGAAAUCCCAUUUAGCUGAGAAUACACAAAGCUACUUCUAUAUAAAGAAUGACCCGGUUAGGAGGUUAACUUCCGGUGCCAACCAGAGUGCAGUUAUUUGUGAAUCAGGACGUUUAUUUGUUUGGGGUGAAAACUAUUUCGGUCAAUUGGGAGUCGGAACAAAUAACAAUAACACCAACAACAUAAUAACUAAACCCACAUGCGUAAAGUCCUUGAAGACACUUGGUCUCAAAAUUGCCGACAUUGCAUUUGGACACGGUUGGGCAGUUAUUCUCACCCAUUCCAAUGAAAUCUUCUUCACGGGAAGGAACAUAUUCCCAUCGGACACAAAGGUUUCUGAAAACUUCACCACGACAACCAUUGGCACAGAGAAGUAUUCCAUCAUAAGAAAACCAUUCCGUCUCGAGGAACUUGAUAAUUGCCUCCAAAACAGUGAAGAUCCAGAAAACUUCGUUAGCAUUUCAGCUGGAAAUGACCAUUUCGUCAUGUUGACGUCUGUUGGUCGUCUUAUCGCUUGGGGUUCGAAUUCAAAUCACCAACUUGGCUCAGAUGAUCCUGACCUCAGAGAACCCUACGAAGUUCAGCUAGACUUCAAAGUGAAGCAAUUUGUUUGUGGUCCUUCGUCGACUUUGAUUCUAACCGAGAAUGGGAAUCUUUAUCUCACAGGAAAGUUGAGUGAAUUCACUUUCCAACAAUUUACAGAACUUCAAAAGAAUCUUUCAGCUCAAGAGGAGAUCCUCUUCAUGCAUAUUUCACAAGCGAGUGAAAUUUACAUAGUCACCACCGAGGGAGGAAUUUAUCGGAGUAUGGAAUCCACACGACAUAAUAGUUUGAUCUUUCAGAGGUUUUACGAUUAUGAUAGUGAGGAAAAUGGCCAAAUUGUCAAGCUUCUGCGUGGAACUUCAUUUUUUGCCGCCCUCACAAAGGCCAAUAAGUUCUAUACGACUUUUUCAGAGAGUGGUCAUCAUUUGAAGACAUUUCGAGAGAUAUCCAAAUUUAAGAAUCUUCGAACUCUCGAUAUGGUUGUGGGGGAUCAACAUAUUUUGGUGCAUGGAAUUCCAAGGUCGGCCGCAAAUAAGUUGCUCAAUAAGACUUUUGUGGUUCGUCCGGAUUUGAAUGGGAAUAUAAACCAAAUUGGAGAAGUAGUUCGCGUUGUGGAACAGAACAUCCCAGAAGAAUCUGAAGAACCCGAGGAGAAUGGAAAUCAAGCAGAAACUAUAAAACCCAACACACCAGUGAAGGAAAAAGUCGAAGUCGAGGAAGAUCACAUCGAAGUGAAGGAAAUUUCUGUAGAAUCAAAUGAAAACAAAAAAGAAGACGUUUCAAAAGAUGAAGAGGUUAAGGAAGUUAAGGAAGAAAAACCACAAGAAAAACGUCCACCAUCAUCAUCGUCUUCGAAAGAUCUCGACAUCUUUGAGGACACAUCACCGACAAAUUCGAUGAAGUCAGCCAGAUACCGUCGAUUGGAUGAUUCCGAAUGGGAUAGCAAUAAUUCCACACCGUCCAAGAAGACUAUUCUCACAGCAAACGCCGGCGAUAGCUCAUCCCCAACAUCUCCUGUGAAAUCUCGCAAGAGUUCUUCUCGAUCGAUUAGUUUUGAUGAGAAGGCUCUAGCGCAGCAGGUGACGACUUCUGCUGAGCGUAAAACAAGACCCAAAACACCCUAUCCAGAUGGAACUCCUCUUAAACCAAACAAAUUGAAUGUCAAGGAAGAGGAAACGCUUGAGAAAACAAGCCCAGAACUUCAUGAUAGUCUGGAGAACAUCCCAGGAUCAGUGGCUGAUAACCAACAACAAGAAAAUGGAACCACAAAUAAAAAGACAUCUGCGAAGAAACGAGCCUUGACUCCGAUUGUCCGGACAAAUGAGCCAAUGAUGUCCAGCGAUGAAGACGAGCAACUGGCUGUGGAGAUCAGUUCCACAGAACUUUUGGGAAAAACGGUAGUGAAUGAGAUAAGAUUCAUCAACAAUGGAGUUGAUGUCACAGACAUCUCGAAAAGAGCCUUGGAAGAAGAAACCCCUGUCAAGGAGAAGCCUAAACAAAUUCUGGAGCAGGCUGGUGAAUCAAUUCACAAAGCUACAGAUGCAGCGAAGAAUUUAGUUGAGGAGAAGCCUAAGCAGAUUCUAGAUCAAGCUGGAGAAGCCAUCCACAAAGCUACAGAUGCGGCGAAACACUCCGCAAUCACCGCAGCUGAAGUCACUGUCCAAACUUUGUCAAAAGAGAAAGAUAAAGCAAUUGAAAAAGUCUCAGAGGAAGCCGAGAAUAUAGGUGGAAAGAUUACGAGCACAUUGAGUGCGGCUGCGGGAAAAGUGUCUUCAGAAGUUGACAGUGCGGUGGGCAAGGUUUCUGAGAAAUUCGAUUCCACGGUGUCGGCAGUUUCCGAAGGUGUUGAUAACACAGUUUCGUCGGUUUCGCAAAAGGUCAACACAACAACGAACAAGAUUUCAUCAAAGGUCGAAGACGCAAAGCAAAGUUUGUCGAAUUUCUUUACCGGCGGCGGCGGUGGUAGUACCAGCGCCAGUGCCGGAGGUCAUAAGGAGGCUAGUCCAAAUCUAAGUUCUAAUGUCAGUACAGCUGUGACAACCGAGGAGACGUACACACCAAAGGAUGAGUCAAAGAUUGAUGAUGACGAAAGGACAACGGCGUCAGUAAACUCCAACCUCAACGGAGUGGGCAACACCUUCGAGAAUGAGCGCGAUAAGGACUUUGAGCCUGCGAAACGGACAUUAGGCGAUGAAAUUCGGACAACCGGCGAGAAUGGAAAGGGACGAGUGAUGCAGUUCAUCAGUGACUUGAAGGCGAAAGGAAAGGGCAUUUCCUGUAGGGAUCAGAAGUCGGUUCGAGUUGCAGAUGAACCGCCAAAAUAUACCCCAGUAGAUGAAUUGGCCGACCAAACAGACAACAAAUCGAAAGUUUGCACAAUUUUGUAAAAUAAAAUGCAUUUAAAUUUUGCAAAAAUUAAUAAAAUUCCAUUUUUUGAUUGAAAUGUAAAAGAAAAGAAAAAUAUAUUAAAAAGUUUGUAUGUCAA